AUGUGGGAGGACGUGCUAGCCUCAUUCGAAGGCGGAAAGCCAGGGAGCAGGAUCCUGAUGACGAGCCAAGCAAACAUGUGCGUCAGGGCGCUCGGCGCCGGGACAAGGAUCGUGCUGGACGGGAUCGGCGCCGCCGACCUCGCGCUGGUGCUGAAGCAAACGGCGUUCGGGGACGAGCAUGCAGAGACCCCGCUCCUCGACGAUGUUAUCCAAAGCGUCGCGGUGUGUCUCAGGGGCUCACCGUCGGCAGCGAAAGCUGCCGUCGGCAAGCUGACAGACAAGAGGAGCAAGAGCGGCUGGAAGGGCCUCUUAAAGCCGGGAUCAGGACACUCCGGCGCCGGCGAUGCAUGGAGCUACUGGAAUCUGUCGCCGCAGCUGAGAUCUUGCUUGGGAUUCUGCAGCAUGUUCCCGGACAAGUGGGAGUUCGAGCCUGAAACGCUCGUCAAGAUGUGGAUAGCAAAUGGCAUCAUCCGCGGCGACGACAACGGGAAUGUGGAGAUAGGGAAAAAGUACAUUAGAGAUCUACAGGCGAGGUCCUUGUUCAAAUCCAUCAAGGAAGACGGACGAACCUACUUUGUCCUUCCUGAGCUGGUCCAUUCGAUGCUCCUGUCACUGCCCACGAAGUAUUUCCACAGGUUUAGCCAUGAGGAUCUUACCAGCAGCCCUACAAUAGUCCCGGAAAGUGUUCGGCACCUAUCCCUGAUCGGUGGAGGAUGCCAUGCCCUGGCUAAGCUUAAGGAGAUGGAAAACCCUGUGCUUAACAAGUUGAAGACGUUAUUAGUCUUCGAGGGCUCCGCAAUUGACAAGGAAGUAACCGAGCAACUCAAGGCCGUCACUAUGCUGGACUUGGCUGGCACACAGAUCGUCGAUCUGCCAAAAGGCAUCGGCAAGUGUAAACAUCUGCGGUACCUAGGCCUCCCGGAUACCAUCAGGAGCCUUCCUGCCGCCGUUACAAAGCUGUUGCAUCUGCAGACUCUGUCCCUGGGCAAGAAAUGCACGCUUGAUCAGGGCUUCCCAGCUCAUGGCAUGUGCAGCUUGAUCAAUCUGAGGCACCUCGACAUGCCCGUCAAGUACAUUGGCAUGACAAGUCACCUUGGAAGGCUGAAGCAACUCCAGGGGUCAAUCGAGUUGUGCGCUGACAAGGGACAGAGGCAUGUCAUCCUCCAAGAGCUUGCCGGAAUGAACUCCCUCCACGGCACCAUCACCGUGAAGGGGCUUCACGCGGUCGCCAGAAAGGAAGAAGCUCAGAAAGCCCGCCUUGAAAAGAAAGAGCAUGCUAAGGUCCUAAAGUUUGAAUGGUCGGGGGAACGAGCUUGCUCCAUCCGCUCACAGGAGGAAGUUUUUGAGGGGCUCCGGCCACCCCGUAACAUACAAGAGCUGCACAUCCGCAGGUACCAGGGCACAUCAUCGCCUAGCUGGCUGGAGGGCAACCACCUAAAAAACUUGAGUCAGCUGCAUCUCAUAAACUGCCCCAAUUGCAAGGUGCUUCCAUGUCUUAACCAGCUGCCUGACCUCAGGGUUCUGCACAUCAAAGAGAUGCGCUCCGUCGGUCGGAUUGACCGCAUGCUCUUGGGCGGCAGAGGCGGGGUUCUCCGGUCGCUGCAGAAACUUGAGCUGGAUGAUAUGCCCAAUCUGGCCGAGUGGAGCGUCGAUUCCACCGGCGACGCGUUCCCUCGCCUCCAAGAGGUACACAUCCUUAACUGCCCCAAACUGAAGCACCUGCCACGGAUCCCAUCCACCGUCAUCAACUUGAAGAUAGAGCACGAAAACUCUUACCUGCACAUGUACCCCUGCUCGAGGUCGACGUCGGCCUCUUUUGUUUUGGAAAUCCACGGGGAGGCGGUGGAGCGGCUGCAGCAAGAUUUCCUCCUCCAGGAUCCCGCCAGGGAUAACCACGCCCUGAGCAUUAAGAGCUACGCAGGGCCCGGUGAAGUAAGCAUCAACCUUCUCUCUUCUGCCAGAAGCCUUUCGUUGAGCCGAUGCGUCGUGACGGAUCGGCAGCUUGAGAUGUUCUUCCAGAAACUGCAGUCCCUCGAGAUGCUGGAGAUCUCUGAUUGCACCGAGUUCCGCGCGUUCCCGGACGACGCCGUACCAGCGACGCUGAAAUCUCUUAGGUUGAAAGGAUGCCACCCCACGCUUAUGGAGGAGCUACAUGAUAGGACAAGCCCUACGUGGGCAAGGAUUAACUCAAUCCCCAGAGUCAACAUUAUUGACUGAUUUUUCAAGAAAUCACAGGAAAACCAAGAAAAGCUGAAGUGGGUGGCAAAGGUUCUAGAACAAACAGCAGAUGAAGUGUUCAAGGCAGUGCAAGGGUGGACUUCUGGUGUGCCUUGUAUCCAAGGUUGAGGAGAUCUGCUGCGGUGGAUGAUGCUUCUUCUACACGACGAUGAAGCUUCUGCUGUCCAGAAUGUCCUUGGUCUGCUGGAUGUCGAUUUUAUCGCUAUCUGAACUUGUUUCUUUCAGACUCCGUUGUCGAUUGUGAAACCUGGAACUAUGUAUGAUGUGCACAGCUGCGCCGUUGAGUUGCGCUGCUUUUGCUUCCUGUGCACCUGGUGUUAGCUGCCCAAUUGCCUUUGUUGGCUGUAGGGUGGGUUGAUGCUGGUUAGGUGCUCAGGUUAUCUAGCUCUUGAUAGGACUGAAUUUGUUUUCUCUUUCUUUAGUAGUUGUAAAACUGUGAUUUCUGAUGAUGAAAUCGGAGGGGUGCCCUCUUUGUCAGGAAAAAAGCAAGCAUGUUCGUAAAAGUUUAAAUUGUUGUCACUCUAUGCAACAUAUUAUUAGUUCUAUAGACGUGACUCCAGUUUACAUCCAUGAUGUUUAAAUGUACCCCCUG